AUGCCCAAGAAUCAACACGUUUCCGGCAACAAUGUCAUUCAGACGAAGGGUGACGGAAACCAGGUCACGAAAGACUACAACGCUGUAAGUCACUGCCGACUAUUCGAGCCGCUUUUCGACCGACGAGUAAUCUAGUCUCAUGCUUUGCCCACCCUUGCUCGCCUCACGACAGGUCGUCAAUGGCUAUAAUGGCCUCUACAACAACCCGCAACAACCUCAACAGAAAGACGUGAGUCUUCGAGCAGCUUGACGAGAACUUUCGGGGACCUUCGGUUCGAGCUCAUGGUGUCCCGCACUGGGAACACUCGUGUCGGCUUCUGGUUGAUCACAGUACGCUCAAGCUCAAGCUCAUCAACUCGGUCAACAAUACCACGCGCAGCACCAAGGGGGCAACUCGGCUCAGGGAAAGCGCUGA